AUGGCGGAUCUUGAGAAUUUAAUGGAGUACAGUGAAAUCGUUAGCAAGAUAUUCGCUAACGAAGAUGAAGGAUAUCAGUUUUAUAAUGCAUAUGCUCUUGGCAAAGGGUUUAGUGUGAGGAAAAGAUAUGUUGAGUGGAACAGUGACCACACUGAGCUCACCCUUCGGCGGUUUGUUUGCCGUCGUCAAAUUUACCGUGAAGAGAAGUAUGUGAAGAAGGAGAUUAAGAAGCGGAGGCCACGGGAUAUAACUCGUGUUGGAUGCCCUGCAAAAUUGGUGAUUGCACUAGAUCGAAACAGCGGGCAGUGGUAUGUGAAGAAUUUCAUCGAUGAACAUAACCAUCCGCUGGCUCCAGCCGACCUUGGUUGUCUACUGCGUUUACAUCGAUUAAUCAGCGAUGCGCAGAAGGCUGAAAUUGUCGAGUUGGGGGUUGCUGGGAUUCUUAAACACCAGAUAUUUGAAAUUAUGGAGAUACAGUACGGUGGGUAUGACAAGGUUGGUUAUACAUCAAGGGACUUGUAUAAUUUCUGUCAUCUCUAUAAGCAGAAGAUAAUUGCUGCUAGUGAUGCUCAAACAAUAAUCAGUCACCUGAUGGAAUGUCAAAAUAGAGAUUCUGAUUUCUUUUUCAAGUACAUGACUGAUGGCGAAGGACACCUGCAGGGACUGUUCUGGUGUGAUACUAAAUGUCUGCUUGAUUAUAAAGCAUUUGAUGAUGUCGUUGUAUUUGAUAGCACCUACAAAACAAAUCGGUACAGCUUGCCCCUUGUUCCUUUUGUUGGAGUGAAUCACCAUUACCGCACAGUUAUUUUCGGAUGUGGAAUUAUUUCUCACGAGAAUAUCGAGUCAUAUGUGUGGCUGCUGAAAACAUUUACUGAAGCUAAUGUUCAGAAGUAUCAUAUUUCCGUGAUCACUGAUGGAGACCUCGCUAUGCAGAGAGCAAUCAGGAAGGCUGAGUUCAGGAUUUUUAUGUAUGACCUUUGCUCCAUAGAAGAGAUUGAGAGGAAAUGGCAGGCAUUUUUCGAAAAGUAUGAUGUCACAGAGGACUCGUGGCUAUAUAAGAUGUAUGAGGUGAGAGCAACUUGGUGUGCUGCGUAUCAUGCUGAUAAUCGCUAUUUAGGAUUGCGGAGCAACCAACGGAGUGAGAGCAUGAACUCUAGGCUUCAGAUGAAACUGGAUGGUAAAAUGACCUUGUUAGAAAUGGUGCAACACUAUGAGAGCUGCCUUACAAAGGUGCGCAGAAUUGAGGCGGAUGAUGACACUAAUGCACUGCAAUCUGAGCCAUUCACAGAUCCAGAUGCUUCAAUUCUCGAAGUAAAUGCGAAGAAAAGGUUCACACCAAAUGUUUUUAAGACGAAGGUUUAG